AUGCCUCCUCCACACCCUCAUGAAGAAGCUUUGAAUUUCUGGCAUGAAUCUGAACUUGUGAAUGUGGGAGCCAUCCCUGCUAAUGCUUUGGAUGAUGGACAGUGGUCCCAAGGGCUAAUAUCUGCUGCACGCAUGGUUGCUGCAGCCACCAGUAACCUCUGUGAGGCAGCGAAUGCAUCGGUCCAAGGUCAUGCCAGUGAAGAAAAGCUCAUCUCUUCUGCCAAACAAGUGGCUGCUUCCACUGCACAGCUGCUGGUGGCGUGCAAGGUUAAAGCUGAGCAGGAUUCAGAGGCUAUGAGGAGGCUACAGGCUGCAGGCAAUGCUGUGAAACGCGCCUCUGACAGUCUGGUUCGAGCGGCCCAGAAAGCUGCUUUCAACAAGGCAGACAAUCAUAAUGUGGUGGUCAAGACCAGGUUUGUUGGAGGAAUUGCUCAGAUUAUUGCUGCUCAGGAGGAGAUGUUGAGGAAGGAGAGGGAACUGGAAGAGGCCCGUAAGAAGCUGGCACAGAUCAGACAACAGCAGUACAAGUUCCUGCCAAGUGAACUCCGAGAGGAUGAGGACUAAACAGAAAUGCUGGCUUCCCUUUGAUCAAAUUAUCCACCGUUUGAUUUUUGCCUUCAGGACACAGAUGAAUUUCUCUAUAGUGCAGUCCAUACGACAAAUACUGAACUGAUGAAGGGUUAUUGAUUCAGUUGACUGGAUUGUGAGUUUUUAAAUAUUUAAACUCUUGAACAUUUCAAACAGCGACCGUCUUGUCUCUUUAACCGUGAAUGUGUUCAUGCCUCCUCCACACCCUCAUGAAGAAGCUUUGAAUUUCUGGCAUGAAUCUGAACUUGUGAAUGUGUGCAUGAAGAACAGCCAGGAUUACACUUUUGGGAUUGGAGUGUUGAGGAAGAAAUAAGUGAACUCUGUUCGAUCUCAGUCAUUAAAAUAAAGCAUUUACUGGGUUUCAAACAAGGUGCAGACUUUAAUGCUUACAUCAUUUAAAGUCAAGAAGCAAAGAAACCUGAUUGUUAGAGACUCCAGUUGAAUGUUUAACAUCUGUACAUUUGUAAUGGUGAGAUACAUUUUUUUUAUGCUUUCAUUGCUUCGAAGUUCACGAAGUAUACAAAUAAAAGAUAUUUAUGUAGACAAACAAAUGUAAAGUAAAUGUGCAAUGUUAAACAAAACCACUCAGAAUAAGAGUCUAAAAUGCAUAAUCUCCAAUGAAUUCUUCUUGCUGCCCAUACGCUUUAUAAGAAUGUAAUGACCGGAUGUAGUGAUUGAUGUAUUAAAUCUGGAGAAUCAGAAAACCAUACUAACCUCAGAAGAUUAGUGAAAAUUCCAUCUCUAACCCCUUAGAACUGACGUUAUACCACAACAAAAUACUGAAUGUAUAUUCAGUUAUAAUAGAAUCACUCCUAUUGUUGUUUUGGGCUCAAGGAUGUACGUUCAAAAGGACAUGGCUGAAUGAAUGAGUUGCACUUCACUUUAUGUCGAGCCAGACAUACUUUGAGUGACUUUUCUUCUCAUACUGAAAUUACUGGCCACUGCAGUAUUUUACAGUGCUGUUUGUGGCUGCGUUUAUUUUCUCUUCAUUAUGUCUUCUUUAUCUAAAGUUUCUAAACCUUUUGAUGCUGGUAUGACUUUCUGAUUUUUAGCCUUAUGCUCUAGUGUGUCACUUUUAUGCUUUUUGUAUUUUGGUCAUAUGCAACCCUGGAAAUCUGUUCUCGGUGCUUUAUUGCUUUGCCACAGCAACUCUUCUGUCUCUGGCUUUAUGUACAUUUAGUUUCAGUGCCUUAGUUUAUCACUGUCAAAUGAACGUAUCAGUUCUCUUACUGCAGGAGACAAGAUCAGGUGUUUAUAUUCUGGCUUGCAUUCACCAUAGUGUGUGUGUGUGUGUGUGUGUGUGCAGGGGCGGACUUACCCAUUAGGC